AUGCCAUAUUCAGGUGCGGCCUGGAUAAGUUUAAUUGGUGGAGGAUCCCGCUGGUCAUUGUUAUCCACUGUUAAUAUAUCUAAACGCCAAGAUACAGGAAGAAUCAAUUCUUCACCAUCAUCUUCUUUACCACCAUUUAUUCAAAUCAAACAAGGAUGUUUUUAUUCAUUGAUAAUUCCAGUCGAAGACGCAGACAACGACAUCAUCAGAUGUCGAUGGGCAAUUGGUGAUGAUGAAUGUGGCGGCAUAUGCAACAGUCUGGUAAAUUCAGAAUUAAACAAGGGUACAUGUGUAAUCUCGUAUAACGCUACUGGUGAGUUAGGUCUGUAUGCUGUUGCACUACAGAUCGAGGAUUUCGCCACGGAACAAAGCGACAAUCCUUUAAGCAGUGUUCCUUUGCAGUUUUUAAUCGAUGUAAUACAGACUGUUUCAAAUCAAUCUUGUGAAAUUAAACCAAUAUUAGAAAAUAUUGAUUCUGUCAUCGUUAUUCCUGUUAACACCACGUACCACGAGACUAUCAUAGCAAAAGGAGAUGGAAUUUCCGAAAUUAUUAUUCUCACCUCGAAAGAAGUAUCUAAGUCAAAGUUGUUAAGGUAUAGGACAUCCAACGACCGAUGGUAUGUCAAUGUCACAUGGACGCCUACAGAAAGGGAUAUUGGGAGUCAUAGAAUAUGUUUUACGGCUGUAGAUAGUAUAAGUCAAGCUUCUGAAAAAAAAUGUACAACUCUAGACGUGACAAAUUCGACGAAUCUUUGUAGUAAAAAUGUGGACAAAUUUAAUAAAACCUGGAGUUUGACAUCAAAAAACACCCUCACCACCUUAGCCUGCACCGGUGAAUACACGGGUAAUGCUUCAAGAUAUUGCAGUAGCGAGGGAAAUUGGGAGGAACCGACCUACACCAAUUGUAUAAGUAAAUCAAUACAACAUCUGAGAACACUGACUGCUAAGCUGUUAUCUGGAGACAGUGCCAAUAUUCUAGUGAUCACUAUAUUAGAAGAAUUAGAAAAUAUAACAAAAGAAAAUAAUGGGUUACGUUCUGGGGAUUUGCUCACAUCAUCGUAUGUACUGAAUGAUAUAGCCAAGUAUGUGGCAGAACACAAGGACACACUAACAUUUGAUCAACUACAGAUAUUUGGUUCUCUUUGCGACAACUUACUAGAUGAUAGUAAUCAUCAGUCAUGGGAAGAACUCAACAAUGAGGGAUCAGGUGGUGUAACUUCACUUGUCAACGCUGUUACUGAGUACAAUGAUGCGUUUAAUGAUGUUAUUGACGGUAAAUUCUCAAUAAUCGUUGAAAAAGAAAAUGUUGUAAUUGAAGUAGGGAAGGCUAGUUCGAAUGAGAUAAUUGUUCCUGAUCGUUCGAAAAUAUCUGAAUCUUGGAUAACAGAUUCUGCGACUGAAAUUAAACUGAAGACGAACAGAUGUAGCGGUUUGACGGGAUACAGCAGCGCAUUCUAUAGAAAUAUUUCAAGGCUCUUCCCUGAGUAUCUUUUACUAAAUGGGAAACUGCAGUCUUUUAAUGGGAGUUAUGAUGUUAAUUCUAUUAUAGCUGAUUUUACGAUUCAUGGAAGAUCUUGUUCGAAUUUUUCCUUAAUUAUAAAAUUCGAUCACAUUUUGGGAGACUAUUCCAGACCUUUUUGUGGAUUCUGGGAUUUUAGUGCACCAAAUACUGUUAAUGGAGCUUGGUCCUCAUUUGGUUCACGAGUUGUCGAUGCUACAAAUUCUUACACGAUAUGUGAAUACAAUCACACCACUAAUUUUGCCAUAUUGAUGAGUCCAGGAAAAACACCGUUGUCUCAUCAAUUACCACUUAGCAUGAUAUCAGCCAUUGGAUGUGGAGUGUCAAUUUUGUUUCUGGUCAUAACAGUUGUCGUUCAUUUUGUUCUAUGGAACUAUGUGGCAAAUGAUCGAACAAAAACACUGAUGAACUUAUGCAUUGCAUUAAUUCUUUCGUAUGUCAUAUUCUUAGCUGGAAUAACAAGAACAGAUAAUAAAGUAGUUUGUUCAGUGAUUGCGGUUGCCUUACAUUACAUGUUUCUAACAGACUUUGCUCUGAUGCUGGCUGAGGGUAUUCAUAUAGUGAGAAUGGUUGUCAUUAUCUUCCCAACAAGAUCUAUAGUAUAUAAGCUGAUACCUGCAUGUUGGCUUGUUCCUGCUGGUAUAGUUGGGAUUUCGGCCAGUUCGACUAAACUUGAAGGAUAUGGCAAUCAACAGUUUUGUUGGUUAACUCUUGAAUCAAAUCUUAUCUGGGCUUUUAUCGGACCAGCAUUACUUGUGAUUAUGAUUAAUUUUAUUAUAAUCAUUAUAACUGUCCAUAAAAUGAUGACCACUAGAGGGCUUGCUGCUAAAUCACUUAAAGAGAAAUCGAAGAUUGGUUUAAAAAGUAUAUGUGUCAUCUUGCCGUUGUUUGGAGUAACGUGGGUACUAGGUGCUUUUUCUGUGAACGAUGAUCUGGUCAUUUUCCAAUACCUAUUUGCAAUUUUCAACUCUCUACAGGGCCUUUUUAUAUGUGUGUUUCACUGUUUCUUGAAUAUUCAGGUUAAACAAGGCUACCGUAAAUAUCAGAAACGACGAAGCGCUAAUCGCAUGGAUUCAAAACUAUCUACUGAUUCUUCUAAUUAUGACAGUAACAAAAUGCAACAACGCAUCAACGAUCAUCAGGCACAGAAGAAAGAAACGAGAAAUUAUAAUAUUGAUUGUCAAGACCAUAAUGUGCAGUAUAAUCUUAAAUACAAAUAUACCAAUUCAGCCUAUUCUCCGGAUGGUUAUCAAAUGUCUCAGCAAAUUACUUAUUAAA